AUGACGCACACAGAUUGCGCGGGUGCAGCCGGUGCUUGCCAUACCGAUGUGGAUGAGCAGCGAGAUGGGAGUGAAGAUCAACAGGAUGCUGGUGUUGAUGAAUCAAGUAUUGUUGUGCAGCAGAAUGUGUCCGUGGAAGGGCGACCCGGUGGGGGUUGUUUUCUUCAGGAUGUCACGACCAAAGCUGCGGGUGCAGCAUCCUCUUGGACAUCAAAGCACCAUAUCUCGGACACGGUUCGGUACGUAGAGCCUACUGACCCAUCGGCCACAGUCCACAUUUCGAGCAGGAAUACUAAUGUGGUCCACACACAUCUAGAAUUAUAGAUACAGUACAGUUUGUCUCCAACUUGUGGUCACACAUCCCCCAAUCGAUUGAUAACAAUCAUGCACCAAUAUUCCCCCCACAUCUUCAUACCUCAUGUUUACUUUUCUAUUAAUUCCAAUUCCGUUGAUAUAAUGUGGCACAUCUUGGUGACGCAGAUAAAAUCACAACGUGACCCACAACAGCAACGAAUCGUGUUUGUCUACCUGCGUGCAACUUUCUCUCUUGCCUUCCUGCUCACAUCUUUCUCAUCUUUCUCAUGACGAUUUCGAACAGUUUAUUGGUAACAAUAAAUUCGUCUCAG